AUGAAGUCCUCCACCAUCCUUCUCACAAUCACUCUCCUCGCCCUGCUCAGCACGGUGCUCUCCGCACCGCUUCCCUCCUCUUCAGUCGUGCUGAAACUCAGCGACGGCCGCACCUCGAAAUGCGAUCUGCCCUACCAACCCUCGCGCGAGAAAGUCGACCUGGUCUCGUCCAAGCUCGUCGCCAGCAGCAAAAUCGCCUGCCCCGCUAGCCACGAGCAUCCCAGCGGUGGUAAAACCGUUCAAUGCGAACAGAGUCAGCUCGCCGCCACAGACGAAGCGAACGACAUGCUCCACGGCGCUUGUGAUGACCAUCAGGGCGUGCACUCGGUCGCCUGA